GGGCCUUGGUUUACUCAGUUUACUCAAAGAAUCACUCACCCAUCCUCCUUCACCAAUCCACUGUAAUCAUCCCCUUUCUCUUUAUCGGCUACUUCUUCCAAACUCUCUCCAACAACAACCCAUUCCCUUUAUAGUCCCCCCCCCACAACAAUUCCUUCCCCUGUUACGAUUUUACACUUCCUUUGACUCCCGUUACCCGCUGUAUCCUUCUUGAUGACCUCUCGCUGACAAGGGCAAUCCGUGCCUCAAAGUUUUCGCUUGACGGACUCCCGUCCUGUCAUCGCCUCAGAACCCAGACCCUCCCCUUAUAUCCUUAGCAUUUCAACCUCCUGGAGCCUACAGCUGCGCUUCAACAACAUCCACGAACAACAUAGCCCUUUCAUAAUUCUGGGUAGCGGGUAGAAAAAGAAUUGUCGACAAUGUCGUCUUCUUCCUCGAAUGUGGUGGGCGUACACUACAGGGUCGGGAAGAAGAUUGGGGAGGGAUCCUUUGGUGUUAUUUUUGAAGGAGUUAACCUGCUAAAUAAUCAGCAUGUUGCAAUCAAGUUUGUACGUUUCUCACGUAUUUGCCCUUGGACUGCGUCACAGUUCGCGUGCUGACAUUCCUUAGGAGCCGAGAAAAAGCGAUGCUCCUCAGCUGAGAGACGAAUACAGAACAUACAAGAUUCUGGUUGGCUGCCGUUAGUUCUCUGUCAAAGCUUCUGCCUCCUACCGCGCACUAAUUAUCAACCAGCGGGCAUCCCUAAUGUUUAUUAUUUCGGACAGGAGGGUCUGCACAAUAUCCUGGUCAUUGACCUUCUGGGGCCCAGCUUGGAGGAUCUAUUUGAUCACUGUGGCAGGCGAUUCUCGAUAAAGACCGUUGUCAUGGUGGCUAAGCAAAUGGUCCGUCUCGUGUGGAUAUCUCCUUGUGACGUGUGUCUGACAUCUCGUCUAGUUGUCGCGGGUUCAAACCAUCCACGAAAAGAACCUGAUUUAUCGCGACAUCAAACCUGACAAUUUCUUGAUUGGACGUCCCGGGACGAAGUCCGCCAAUAUAAUUCACGUGGUUGAUUUUGGUAUGGCCAAACAAUACCGGGACCCUAAGACUAAGCAGCACAUUCCCUACAGAGAGCGCAAGAGUCUUUCAGGAACUGCUAGAUACAUGAGUAUAAACACGCAUCUUGGACGAGAGCAGUCACGAAGAGAUGAUUUGGAAGCGCUAGGGCAUGUUUUCAUGUACUUUUUGCGGGGCGGAUUACCAUGGCAAGGUCUGAAGGCUGCUACCAACAAGCAGAAGUAUGAAAAGAUCGGUGAAAAGAAGCAGACAACCGCAAUUAAGGAACUUUGCGACGGAUUCCCAGGUAGACCCUUUCUCCUUCAGGAUUCCGUGCAACAUGCGGCUGACAUUGGCGAUUAGAGGAGUUCAACCAGUACUUGAACUAUGUACGUAACCUUGGAUUCGAGGAUACGCCCGAUUACGACUUCCUUCGGGACCUUUUCACACAGGCACUGAAGAAUACCGGAGAAGUUGAGGAUGGUGAUUAUGAUUGGAUGAAGCUUAAUAAUGGAAAGGGUUGGGAGGCCAUCUCAAAGCACCCCUCUUCGCACAACUAUCACACAGCUCAUAAUCAGACUCACGGAGCCAACGGGGAGCUGCGACUUCUUUCUCCAGCUCAGGUUCGUCAGCCUCCGCAGCUCACCCCGAGUCGUUUAAACGCCCCGCAUCCCCCGCCACCAUCGCCAGGAAAACCGAUGGUUCAGACGCGCGGCGACAGGCAAAACGCUCAAGGCGUAAUGCCGACCAAACGACCGAGCGGACAGGCGGGGGGGUUGCAGAAGCCGGUGGCCACACCGACAGCGAGCACACAGGCCCAGUUCCAAGCAUCGAACACGAAUCUCCCACCCACAACAAGGGGGCCUUCACCUCAGGUCUUGAACAACCAGCAGAACCAACCCAGGAACAACCCGGCAGAGCCUAAGAGAAGCUUUAUGCAGAGGCUGUCGGCAGCCUUCUGUUGCGGUAUGUUGUGAUGCUCUUCCUUAUUCUGGGUCUUAAGUCUAACCUUUCCGCGCUCUUACAGGUGGCUGAUUCGGCUUGUUUUUGCAUAACUUUUUGUUUUGUUUUGAUUCGUGUUCUCCAAACAACUGUUUAAUAAUACUAUCCUCUGCUUUCCAAUUACUAUAUCCGGUUGCGUUAUUUCCUUCUCGACUCUUACCGAUACACAAACCCUCCACCGUGGGGUUAUUACGACCAUGAUACGAAUUGAAAAAAACAAACGAAGUUCGCAGCAUGUGGGGAGGUAUAAAGAUGAGCGGGGGGGAGGAGGGUUGCAGCGGUUGAGCAUGUUUUUCCUUUAUUCCUUUUGUUCUUUUUCCUUUUUUUUUUUCCGGAUAGGUGUAGAAGCGAUGAACUGUCACGGGUAGGGGGUCAAGCCAUGAAAGAGGAAGAGGUGGAGGAAGGAAGAGGAAAGCAUUAGUUAGUCAUCAGUCUUUUUCUCGCCUGCUUUUUUUUUCUCCUCUUGGCCUGCUUUCUGAGGUGAAGAUGAAAAAAAGUUUUGGUUGGAGGAAAAAAGAAAAAGCGAAAUCUUUCCUCGGUAUUUUUUAUCGUCCCCCUCCCUUUUUAUCCUUUUUUUAUACAUAUUUCCUGCGGUUUCUUGUCUGGAGGGGUUUUUCUAUUAUCAUCAUUUUCUUGCCCAUAACUCUUUCUUUCCUUCUUUCCUUCUGGCAUCUUUAUCUCUCUUUCGACAUAUUGAUAAUUGGCUCAUACAAGUCCUUGUCUCUUAGCUUACUUGCAGGUGUUUAUUGAUUUAUUUUUUCUUUCUUUCUUUCCCCCCUUUUCCAUAGCCAACCAAACGUGUUGCCCCCUUCUCUCGACUCUUGCCCACACGCCCGCCUCGCGCACGAGAUCUGGCUACGGCACCGCUGCCAGUAGGUCGCUGGUACCGGUAUCCUGCUGCAGUUGAUACGGUAGGUGAGAAAGGCGAAUGAACAGGUGGGCAUCACCGAUAUGAUGCUAAACCCGAAGUUACCGUAUACCUUAAGGGAACGCCCUGUGGAAGAAGGUACGAGUAAGCUGGGAACCUGAUUGUUCAUUUGCUUUUAUUUGCCCUUUUCAAAUCAGUUAUAUAUAAUAACUUUUUGUUCCGCUUCCUCUCCAUGCAGUCUCUUCCCUUCCUCCCCUCUUCCCUUCCGCUCCGGAAAUAUCCUCCAACCUCGCGUAAUUCUGAUAACCUUGGUGCUGGACCGCAACUUUCCUCCUCUGCACCACCCCAUCACAGGAUUGAAUGGAUUCGCCCCCACCCUAUCCCGGCGCCCUGUUUGCAUCAUACAGUUUUAUGGAACCGUCAUUAUAAGUACCGGCACCGGCACUGGUACCAUCUGGCGUCGAUUUUAAAGAGUCUCGGGAAGGGAAGAUGGAAACAAAGGUGAUUCACUUGUGGUACAAGUACAAGUACUAGCACGGUGCUUGAUGGCUUCACGGCACCGGGUUUCGCGGGAGCUACCGUACUUGUAACUUGGGGGCGCACGGGUACCGUACGGAACUCGUCUUGCGGAGACUUUAAAAAGAGCGUUGGGUACCGUAUGGCAUAAGUUGAGAAAGUCCAUAGGAGCCUUUUUCCUUUUUUUUUUUUCCCUUCUCCUUAUAUAUAUAUACAAUGAGUCAAGGUAUUAUUAAAGUCUCUGCAGUGAGUAUCAUAGGUUGAAGAUUCAUUUCUCUUACAGCCAUAAUAGCACAUGGUCGUGUGCUACAGUAGAGUACUCGUACAUACGGUACAUACGGUGGAUGGACGGAUGGUCGUAGGCUCAAGAAGUUCAUCUUUUGUUUUGUUUUUUUUCCGUUUUUUCUUUUUUUUUUCUUUUUCAGCCACGCUGUGCAGUGGUUAAGGCCCGGCAUGUGUUUUGAAGGAAGUGUCAAUCUGGAUUAUUAUUUUUUGACAUCCAUUGCUUCUUUUUGUGUUUUUCUUUUUCUUUUCUUUUUCCUUUCUUGGUGAUGACUGUGUGCAGUGCGAGUACAGUACAGUACUGUGCACUGGUCGAGUACAGGUAUAUAUGGUAUCCUUUUGCAUGUGGUCCUUCACGAGAUGGAUAGUCUAGAUAGGUCUAAGUUAGGAUAUGAUAGAUGGGUCCACCGUGCUCGCAGAUUGAUGAUGGACUACGGUACGGUACUAGUACAGUACUGUACUGCGCCUAGGUAUAUUUGAUAACCCACCGCGGUUCGUUUACGAGUGUGGUAGGUCAGUCAGUCAGUCAGUCAGCUGCGGCAAAAGGUAUCGUAGCCUCAUUUUCACUUCCGCCUUGCCAUCGUCUGCGGUGCAGUAACCGGUACAAGUAGUAUCAUACUCGAGCUCGAGUAUGAUACAGUGCUAGUGCAAGUAUCAUGCCCCAAGCACACGAUACGGUACGAGUGGUCUAAACCCCGCUGCCACAUUGCAUUGCAUUACUGUACUGUACUUGCCUACCUACCUGCCUACAUACGAUACGAUACAUCGUAACCGUACCUGCUUUUGUUGGGGGAAAGUCGCAAGUUCAUCGUAUUCUAA